AUGAAAGUAUUGGGAAUUUGUAUUGUAGUUACAUUAGUAUUCAGUGGAAUAAAUUGUGUAAAAAAUAAAAAAGUUAAAUGUUAUCGAUGUACCGAUUGUCCUAAUCCAUUCGAUAAAACUCAAAUAACUGAAUUAGCUAAUUGUAAUUUUUGUCGAACGGUUUACACUUAUCGUGAUGAAGAUAAUUAUAGAAUUGCAAAAGAUUGUGUAGCAAGUUGUGUUCCACAAGAUCGUCGUGGUGGUAAAGCUGGCCUAAUACUAAAAACUGAAGAAAAAACAACAAAAUUACUGAAUUGUAUAAAAGAAAAUGAAUUAGAUCAAGUGAUUGAACAACAUUAA